CGCUCCGCCGGUCACCGGGGAGGGCGGCCAUGGCGGCGGUGCGGGCGCGUACGGUGCUGCUGACCGGCUCCAACCGCGGCAUCGGGCUGGAGCUGGUCAAGCAGCUGCUUGGGGCAUCGCGACCUCCCGCCUGGAUCUUUGCGACCUGCCGGGACCCCGAGGGGCCGCGGGCCCAGGAGCUGAGAGAUCUGGCAUCCAAACACCCAAACCUGGUUCUUGUGAAGCUGGAUGUUGCAAAUCCCUCCGCUAUUACUGAUGCAGUGAAGAUUGUGGAGGGGAAGCUGAAUGGCAUGGGCUUGAACCUGCUAAUAAACAAUGCCGGCAUCUACACCCCGACGGCAUCACUGGAGACGGUAGAUGCUGAAGAGAUGAUAAGGACAUACAAGACCAAUGCGGUGGGGCCAAUGCUGAUGGCCCAGGCGUUCCUGCCCCUGUUGAAGAAGGCUGCCCGGGAGAGCACAGAAAAGGGACUGAGUUGCAGCAAGGCAGCCAUCAUCAACAUCUCCACCAUCAUGGGGUCCAUUGAGAAAACUCCCGAGUCCUUCUUCAAGCCUGUGAUCUCCUACCGCUGCAGCAAGGCUGCCCUCAACAUGCUCACCAAGUGCCAGGCUCUGACCUACGGGGAAGCCGGGAUCCUCUGCGUGGCACUUCACCCCGGCUGGGUGAAAACUGAUAUGGGCAGCCAGGAGGCUGACCUGACGGUGGACACGAGUGUGCGGGGGCUGCUGUCUGUACUGCUGAUCCUCUCUGAGAAACACAGCGGGACUCUGCUCAACUGGGAAGGUAAAGCUAUUCCUUGGUGACCACUCUGUCCCUGCGAGGGACCCUACAGUGCCAGGGGACUCUCCAGGUGCCCUGGAGCACCGGGAUGCUCAGCAUUCUGUGGUCUGCAAGGGACCUACUUAGGACUCCACCGGGCAUGCAGGGCAGCCUGUGAUCCCUACCUUCAUGUUGUUAAUAAAUAAAGUCAAUUAGUACCUGUGCCUUC